CGUUCUUUCUGGAGUACACCAAACUCGCGUUUUCCCCUUAGGGAGACUUCAGUCCGGCAGGGAGGAACACUGAGAUAGUGCACUUUUCUCCGCGUAACGGCGUGAAAUCAUACAGAAGGUACCAUCAUACGGCCAUUCGGAAAACAACGCGAAACAUUUACAAGAACCGAGUACAAGAGCAUAGAGCUUUAAACAAGACUCCACCCUAAAAAAAAAGUGAGACCCGUAGCGAGGCCGAGCGGAGAGCAUAAGAAUGAGUCAACACCCACGCCUGCACCAGUCGAGCGCUGCCUCAGCCGCAUCCAACUCCUCUCUCGCACCGGACAAGGACGCCGACAUGCCCGCCACGGAGAAAGAUCUGGCCGAGGACGCGCCAUGGAAGAAGAUCCAGCAGAACACGUUCACUCGCUGGUGCAAUGAGCAUCUGAAGUGCGUGAACAAGCGCAUCGCAAACCUGCAGACAGACCUUAGCGAUGGUCUGCGCCUAAUCGGGCUGCUCGAGGUGCUCAGCCAGAAGAAGAUGUUCCGCAAGUACAACCAGCGGCCCACCUUCAGGCAGAUGCAACUGGAGAACGUGUCAGUGGCGCUGGAGUUUCUCGACAGGGAGAAUAUUAAACUCGUGAGCAUAGACAGUAAAGCCAUUGUGGACGGGAACCUGAAGCUCAUCCUUGGGUUGAUAUGGACCCUCAUUCUGCACUACUCUAUCUCCAUGCCCAUGUGGGACGAGGAAGAGGACACAGACGAUGCCAAGCAGAAAACGCCAAAGCAGAGGCUCCUGGGCUGGAUCCAGAACAAACUGCCCGAGCUGCCUAUAACCAACUUCAGCCGGGACUGGCAGUCAGGCAAAGCUCUGGGAGCACUAGUGGACAGUUGUGCUCCAGGUCUGUGUCCGGACUGGGACUCCUGGGAUCAGACAAAGCCUGUGGAUAACGCCCGCGAGGCUAUGCAGCAGGCUGACGAGUGGCUUGGUGUUCCUCAGGUCAUCACUCCAGAGGAAAUUGUUGAUCCCAAUGUGGAUGAACACUCGGUUAUGACAUACCUGUCACAGUUCCCUAAGGCAAAGCUGAAGCCUGGUGCCCCAUUGCGCCCAAAACUCAACCCCAAAAAGGCUCGUGCCUAUGGCCCAGGCAUUGAGCCCACUGGUAACGUAGUGAUGAAAAAGGCCCUGUUCACUGUGGAGACAAUCAGCGCAGGCCAGGGGGAGGUGCUGGUUUAUGUAGAAGACCCAGCUGGCCAUCGUGAAGAGGCUAAAGUCACUCCCAACAAUGACAAGAAUCGCACUUACUCAGUAGUCUAUGUUCCUAAAGUAACUGGUUCACAUAAGGUAACAGUGCUGUUUGCAGGACUGCAUAUUUUAAAGAGCCCAUUUGAAGUGGAGGUGGGGAUGGCUCAGGGUGACUCCAGCAAGGUUACUGCCCAGGGGCCAGGUCUUGAGGCUGUGGGCAACAUUGCCAAUAAAACCACCUACUUUGACGUCUAUACUGCUGGUGCUGGAAUGGGAGAAAUUGAGGUGGUCAUUAUUGAUCCCAGUGGAAAGAAGGACACAGUACAGUGCCAAAUUGAGGAUAAGGGCAACAGCAGCUACCGCUGCACCUAUAAACCCACCCAGGAGGGCCAGCAUACAAUUUACAUAACGUUUGCUGGGGGCCAGAUCUCCAAGAGCCCGUACACAGUCAGCAUUGGAGAAGCAUGUAACCCAAGUCUCUGCAGAGCUAAAGGGCGUGGUUUGCAGCCCAAAGGCCUGAGGAUCAAGGAGACUGCAGAGUUUAAGGUCUAUACCAAAGGAGCUGGCACUGGAGAUUUGAAGGUCACCAUCAAAGGGCCGAAGGGUCUGGAGGAGCCCUGUAAGAGGAAAGAUUUUGGAGAUGGAGUCUAUUACUUUGAGUAUUACCCCACCACACCUGGAAACUACAUCAUUACCAUUACCUGGGGUGGUCAGCAUAUUCCUCGCAGUCCAUUUGAGGUGAAAUUAAGCAGUGAGGCUGGGCCACAGCAGGUGCGGGCAUGGGGCCCAGGCUUGGAAGGUGGCAUUGUUGGCAAAUCGGCAGACUUUGUGGUGGAGGCAGUUGGAGAUGACGUUGGCACUUUGGGUUUCUCUGUGGAGGGCCCAUCUCCAGCUAAGAUUGAGUGUGAUGAUAAGGGUGAUGGCUCCUGCGAUGUGCGCUACUGGCCCACUGAGCCAGGCGAGUAUGCAGUACAUGUACUCUGUAAAAAUGAGGACAUCCAGCACAGCCCCUUUAUGGCUGAGAUCAAACCAGCACCAGACAGAGACUUUUACCCUGACAAGGUGAAGGCCUAUGGCCCAGGACUUCAGAGCACUGGUCUGGCUGUUGGAAAGCCAGCAGAGUUUACAGUGGAUGCCAAACUUGGAGGCCAAGCACCUCUAAAGAUUCAGGCCCAGGACAGAGAUGGAAACCCAGUUGAUGUGCAGGUUAAGGAUAAUGGUAAUGGGACAUACAGCUGCAGCUACACCCCGCGCAAGCCCAUUAAGCACACAGUCAUGGUGUCUUGGGGUGGGGUCAAUAUACCAGAAAGCCCCUUCAGGAUGAAUGUUGGAGCUGGAUGCCAUCCUAAUAAAGUGAAAGUGUCUGGACCUGGUGUUGCCAAGACUGGUCUGAAGGCUUUCGAACCAACAUAUUUCACUGUGGACUGUGCAGAGGCUGGCCAGGGUGAUAUCAGCAUUGGGAUUAAGUGUGCUCCUGGUGUUGUGGGACCAGCCGAGUCUGACAUCGACUUUGACAUAAUCAGAAAUGAUAAUGAUACCUUCACAGUUAAAUACACUCCCCCAGGAGCUGGCAGCUACACUAUCAUGGUGCUGUUUGCAGACCAGCCUAUUCCAAUGUCACCAGUCAGAAUUAAAGUGGAUCCCUCUCAUGAUGCCAGCAAAGUCAAAGCAGAGGGACCUGGUCUUAGUCGCUCAGGUGUGGAACUAAACAAACCAACUCAUUUUACUGUGAAUACUAAGGGUGCGGGUAAAGCCAAGCUGGAUGCUCAGUUUACUGGCCCCAACAAGGGUGAGGCAGUGAGGGACUUUGAUAUCAUCAACAACCACGACAACACGUACACUGUCAAAUAUACUCCAGUGCAACAAGGUAAUUUGGGUGUGAAUGUAACUUAUGGCGGUGACACCAUUCCCAAAACUCCCUUUGCUGUGCCUGUUGCUCCUUCCCUUGAUCUUAGCAAGGUCAAUGUUUCAGGCCUUGGCAACAAGAUGACCGUCGGAAAAGACCAAGAGAUUACAGUCAAAUCGAAGGGUGCAGGUGGUCAGGGUAAGGUUGCUGCAAAGGUGACUGGACCUGGUGGUAAAUCUGUGCCCUGUAAGGUGGAACCAGGGUUGAGCCCAGAAACCAGCCAAGUUCGCUUCAUCCCUAGGGACAAGGGACCCUAUGAGGUGGAGCUCACUUACGAUGGUGCUCCUAUCCCAGGAAGCCCUUUCCCUGUUGAGGCUGUAGCUCCCACUGACCCAUCUAAGGUCCGUUGUUCUGGUCCAGGUUUGGAGCGAGCUAAGGUUGGAGAGACCGGCCAGUUUGUGGUAGACUGCACCAAUGCUGGCCCUGCUGAAUUAACCAUUGAGAUAAUCUCUGAUAAUGGAACUGAAGCCGAGGUGCACAUCCAGGAUAAUGGAGACGGAACUUAUACCAUCACCUACAUUCCCCUAUAUCCUGGAGCGUACACUCUUACCAUCCGCUAUGGUGGCCAGGAUGUGCCAAACUUCCCAUCAAGACUAAAUGUGGAGCCAGCUGUUGAAACCAGUGGUGUAAAAGUCUUUGGACCUGGAGUUGAAGGCAAAGGGGUUUUUAGAGAAGCUACCACGGAUUUCACUGUUGAUGCUCGUGCCCUAACAAAAACUGGUGGCAAUCACAUCAAGACCUGCAUCAACAAUCCAUCUGGAAACUGCACCGAGGCUCUUAUUAGGGACGUUGGGGAUGGUACCUACAAAGUAGAGUACACUCCCUAUGAAGAAGGUCCACAUAAUGUAGAGGUUUCUUAUGAUGGUGCCCCAGUACCCAACAGUCCAUUCCGUGUACCUGUAACCGAGGGUUGUGAUCCUGCACGUGUGCGUGUGCAUGGUCCAGGACUACAGGCUGGCAUCACCAACAAACCCAACAAAUUCACUGUAGAGACACGUGGGGCUGGUACAGGAGGCCUGGGCCUAGCUAUGGAGGGACCAUCAGAAGCCAAGAUGUCCUGCACUGAUAAUAAAGAUGGCAGCUGCUCUGUAGAGUACAUCCCAUAUGAGCCAGGAACAUACAACCUUAAUGUUACAUAUGGUGGAAAACCUGUCACUGGAAGCCCAUUCUCUGUGCCUGUUCAUGAUACUGUUGAUCCCACGAAGGUCAAAUGCCAAGGCCAGGGUCUUGGAACCAAUGUACGAGCUAAUAUCCCUCAGGUCUUCACUGUAGAUGCCAGCAAGGCAGGAGUAGCUCCUUUACAAGUCCGAGUGCAGGGGCCCAAAGGUGUUGUGGAGCCAGUUGAGGUGGUGGAUAAUGGAGACCAGACUCACUCUGUAAGCUAUGUGCCCACCAAGGAAGGGCCAUAUUCCAUUAAUGUGCUGUAUGCUGAUGAGGAGAUCCCACGCAGCCCUUAUAAGUUGAAGGUUUUGCCCACACAUGAUGCCAGUAAGGUGCGUGCCAGUGGCCCUGGUCUUAACACUACUGGAGUGCCUGCCAGCCUGCCAGUGGAAUUUACCAUUGAUGCCAAGGAUGCAGGAGAGGGACUUUUGGCUGUCCAGAUUACUGAUCCAGAAGGGAAGCCCAAGAAGGCCAACAUUCGUGAUAACCAGGAUGGGACUUAUUUAGUCUCCUAUGUGCCAGAUAUGACUGGUCGCUACACCAUCCUUAUUAAAUAUGGUGGAGAUGAAAUCCCAUAUUCCCCAUAUCGCAUUCGAGCUAUUCCUACAGGAGACGCCAGCAAAUGCACAGUCACAGUCUCAAUCGGAGGUCAUGGUUUGGGUGCUGGAGUCGGUCCCACUAUACAGAUCGGGGAACAGACCGUUAUCACUGUGGAUGCAAAAGCUGCUGGGAAAGGGAAGGUGACCUGUACAGUGUGCACUCCAGAUGGUGCUGAGGUGGAUGUGGAUGUGGUUGAGAAUGAGGAUGGAACCUUUGAUAUCUUUUAUACAGCGCCUCAACCUGGAAAGUACGUCAUCUGUGUACGCUUUGGAGGCGAACACAUUCCCAACAGCCCCUUCCAGGUCAUGGCUUUGGAAGGUGCCUCCCCUGACCAACUUAUGCAGCAGACGCAGGUCCCGCAGUACGCCUACGCGCCCAACAGGGGCCAGCCAUGGGCAACUGACAGAGCUAUGGGAAUGAACGGACUGGAUGUGGCUGGACUGAGACCUUUCGACUUGGUCAUUCCAUUUACUAUUCAGAAGGGAGAGAUCACGGGUGAAGUAAGGAUGCCUUCUGGAAAAGUGGCCAAACCAGACAUUGCAGAUAACAAAGACGGCACAGUAACUGUGAAGUUUGCACCUACUGAGGCUGGACUGCAUGAGAUGGAUAUCAAAUAUGAUGGAAUACACAUUCCAGGAAGCCCACUGCAGUUCUAUGUGGAUUAUGUCAACAGUGGUCAUGUGACUGCUUAUGGCCCUGGUCUCAUUCAUGGCAUGGUCAAUAAGCCUGCAGUUUUCACUGUUAACACCAAGGAUGCUGGAGAAGGUGGCCUCUCUCUGGCCAUUGAGGGACCGUCAAAAGCUGACAUCAGCUGCACUGACAACCAGGAUGGUACUUGCACUGUGUCUUAUCUUCCUGUUCUACCUGGAGACUACAACAUUAUUGUCAAGUAUAAUGACAAACACAUCCCUGGUAGUCCCUACGUGGCAAAGAUCACAGGAGAUGACUCCAUGCGCAUGUCCCAUCUGAAGGUGGGUUCUGCUGCUGAUAUCCCAUUGGACAUUGGAGAACUAGACCUGAGCCAGCUGACUGCCUCCCUCACCACUCCCUCUGGUCGUGAGGAGCCAUGUCUGCUCAAGAUGCUUCGUAAUGGACAUGUUGGUGUCUCAUUUGUGCCUAAAGAGAUAGGAGAGCACCUUGUGAACAUUAAGAAAAAUGGCCGCCACAUUCCCAACAGCCCCAUUUCUGUCAUGAUCAAACAGUCAGAGAUUGCUGAUGCCAGUCGUGUUUGUGUAUCUGGUCAGGGUCUUAGUGAGGCUCGCACAUUUGAGCCAGCUGAAUUUAUCAUAGAUACCAGAGAUGCAGGGUAUGGAGGCCUUAGCCUAUCCAUUGAAGGGCCCAGUAAGGUGGACAUUAACACUGAGGAUCAAGAAGACGGAACUUGCAAGGUCACAUACUGUCCCACUGAGCCAGGAAACUAUAUCAUUAAUAUCAAAUUUGCUGACCAGCAUGUUCCAGGCAGCGCUUUCACAGUGAAGGUGACCGGAGAAGGCAGAAUGAAGGAGAGUAUCACUCGCAAGAGGACAGCUGCAUCUGUUGCCAAUGUUGGCAGCCAGUGUGACCUGAGCCUGAAGAUUCCUGAAAUCAGCAUUGCCGACAUGACAGCCCAGGUGACCAGCCCAUCUGGGAAAGUGCAUAAGGCGGAGAUCAUGGAAGGAGAGAACAAUACUUACUGCAUUCGUUUUGUUCCAACUGAAAUGGGUGUUCACACUGUUAGCGUGAAGUACCAGGGGCAGCAUGUACCAGGAUCACCAUUCCAGUUCACUGUAGGUCCUCUGGGAGAAGGAGGGGCACACAAGGUCCGUGCAGGAGGCCCUGGACUGGAGAGAGCAGAGGCUGGUGUUCCAGCUGAGUUCAGCAUAUGGACUCGUGAAGCUGGAGCUGGAGGUUUAUCCAUUGCUGUGGAAGGACCCAGCAAAGCAGAGAUCGCUUUUGAAGACCGUAAGGAUGGAUCAAGUGGCGUCUCCUACGUUGUCCAGGAGCCUGGAGACUAUGAAGUGUCCAUCAAGUUCAACGAUGAGCACAUCCCUGACAGUCCCUUCGUGGUGCCUGUCGCCUCACCCUCCGAUGAUGCUCGUCGCCUUUCUGUUGCCAGUCUUCAGGAGUCCGGUUUGAAGGUGAACCAGCCAGCUUCUUUUGCUGUGAGUCUCAAUGGAGCAAAGGGAGUUAUAGAUGCUAAAGUUCACAGCCCAUCGGGAGCGUUGGAAGAGUGCUGCGUCACUGAGAUUGAUGAAGAUAAAUAUGCAGUAAGGUUCAUUCCUAGGGAGAAUGGUUUGUACCUGAUUGAUGUGAAAUUCAAUGGCUCUCACAUCCCUGGAAGUCCCUUCAAGAUCCGUGUUGGAGAGACGGGCCAGGCCGGAGACCCAGGAAUGGUGUCUGCUUAUGGAGCUGGUCUAGAGGGAGGAACUACUGGAUCCCCAUGUGAAUUCAUUGUAAACACAAGUUCAGCUGGUCCUGGAGCACUGGCUGUGACCAUUGAUGGACCAUCAAAGGUGAAGAUGGACUGUCAGGAAUGCCCAGAAGGAUACAAGGUCUCUUACACACCAAUGGCUCCUGGAAACUACCUGAUUUCUAUUAAAUAUGGUGGACCAUACCACAUUGUAGGCAGCCCCUUCAAGGCAAAAAUUACAGGUUCUCGUCUGGUCACAAGCCACAGUAUGCAUGAGACCUCUUCAGUAUUGGUUGAUCCUGUUACCCGUAGCGUGUCCUCCACCCAGCAGGCAGCACCAGGCUGGGGCAGCUCUGAUGCCAGCCGUGUGGUGGCUAAGGGCCUGGGGCUCACAAAGGGCUUCAUUAACCAGAAAAAUAGCUUCAGUGUAGACUGUAGCAAAGCAGGACGAAACAUGCUUCUGGUAGGAGUGGAUGGUCCUAAAGUACCCUGUGAGGAGAUUCUGGUUAAGCACCUUGGCAACCGACUCUAUAAUGUGUCCUACCAGCUGAAAGAGAAGGGCGAGUACAUCCUGGUGGUGAAAUGGGGUGAUGAGCAUAUUCCUGGGAGCCCAUACUACAUCACUGUCUAAAUGUUAAUGCCUCAAGUUAUAAGCAGCCACUGCAAGACUCCUGCAUACCAAAGAUACAUAAACACUGAAUGUUCUCUUGCUGUCUCAUUAUUUUCCCCUUUAGUUUGUACUACUUGUUUCAAUUUGUCUGAUUUCAUACUCUUAGCACAGGCAGACUGUUCUUGUUCCCCCAUUGCAUUCAACAGUACUGUUUAAGUAGGUGCAGGUUAUGGUGGCUCAUAUUCUUCAAGGUCUACACUGAUUAGACUUGAGGUCACUGCAGCAGUGCACUUGCCUGUUUUAGGAUAGGAGUUAAACUGUCAGUAGCGACAGAAAGGAUGAAGAGUUGCAUCCUUUAUAAGAGCACAGUUUGGCUUGCAACUGGGUGAUGGGACAGUAUUACUUCAUAAUACCGCUCGUGCCUUUCACACAACAGGUUCAGAACUGGUGCCGGUUUUGUGGCGUUCCCAAUUUUCUUUGGUGUGUGACUUCUAUUUUCCAUUGCACUUUGUAGAGCUGAGCACCAUCACCUUUCAAUGAUAAGAAUCUUGUAAUGUCAGAAAAAGUAAGACAUCUGUGCAUUAAUUACGAUUCAUUGGGCCAGAGACUAAUUAAAGGGGACAAGGAUGUUAUUCUUGACAUUUCCAGAAAUUAUUCUGAUUUAUAAAUGCAAAUUAUUUUUUUCUUUGAAAAGAUUUCUCCUAUUGCACUUGCUCUCACUCCUCUGACUCAUUUCUUUGUCCUUGUAUUACCAGUAUUGCAUAAAUAAAAAAUAAAAAAAAUCAAUGUUUUAAAAGUUACAGUAUUUUGAUAAUCAAUAAAGUUUUGUCCUAAAUAUGUCAGUCUGAA